AUGCUUUCACAAUUUUCUCGAGUUGCUCUUUUUAGAAUGCGAUUGCUUUUGAUUGCUGUAAGCCUCGCUUAUAUUUGUGAGGCUUCCGGCUUUGUUUUGCCUUCCUUAUUGGGUCUUUUCAAAUGGCACAGACAAAAAUCUGCAGCUCGAGAGAAAAAGUUUAAAAAUGCGACAAGGGAACUCUUGGUUGAAAAGCUACGAAAGGAUAUCGAGAACCUAAGACGUCAAAGUGAGGCUGGCUACGAGAGAGAAGCGCGAGUAGAAAGUGAGAAGAACUACGACACCCACUAUAUCUUUGGAGUACGUCACCGUGGCGCGAACGUCUCAGCAUUCUGCGGCGCUUUGGCAAGAAAACAGAUGGCAGAUGUGCCACAACGAUAUCGAGACGCUAUCCUCUUCACUCCAGCUCAGGAUCUACCAAAUGGUCUGGCCAAUGUUGUCCUAUCGAUUCCGCGAAUGUGGUUUCGCCAGGUGGGAAGAGGUGAUCGUCUCCCAGACGUACCCGUCAUGUUCUGUUACGAAGGCAUCAACUUCUUACGACUCCUUCCUCUCACACUCUACCAGAGCGAUCUACAACAGAACGGUGACUUUAUGGAGUACAAGCACCAGCAUCAGUUCAACGCCAACUUAUCUAUCCGUGGUGCUGCGCUGAUACUGGAUAAGAAGUGGAACAACGCAUAUCUUUUACCACAAUCAGCGAAGCCGACGCUAACCGCCGACGCUUAUCACGAAAAAAAGCGGCACAUUAUUACUAGAAGUUGUACGCCUAUGUUGUUGAGAAACCAGGAAUGUUGCUUAUGGCAGUACACGAGUGUGCUGGCUGUCGGAGGCCACCACAAAGAAGUGGUUUUCCAUCGCUGUGUUGGUAAGGUACCUGUGGAACACGUGAAUUUUUCAUUCAUCAGCGGAUCCCACGAGGAGAUUGCCAAGCGCGGAGGAGUGAGUAGGCGGCUAUUUGUACCAGUCCCGAACAUCAUACACAAGGAGUGCCGCGAAAGCCGCUUCCGUCUGUACCAGUUCACUGUUGACGACCCAAAGCAUGGCAGAAUUAGCAAGACCUUGGACCGCUUGGAUGCGAUCGAAUGCGCAGUCUUCUAUUGA